AUGAGGAUACCACUCUUCAAACGCCUUGUCAUAGCCGUUCUCAACAUCCUCUUUCCUCCAGUCGCAGUUAUGAUGAUCACUGGCCCCAACGAGGACUUCGUCUUCAACUGUGUCAUGUUCGUUCUAGCCGUUAUCCCCUCACAUAUUCACGGCUUCUACAUCUCCCUCACUUACUUCAACCGCAAGCGCAAAGUCCGCAAGGGAGUCUACCCCGGCAAGCCGAAGCAUCUCAUCUGGAGCGACAGAGUAAACAACGGCGGAGGGAGCCGGAGGGAGAUCGAGAGAUUGAGACAUGGGAAAGAGCAAAGCAGACUCGGCAGACGAAAUACCAGCCGAACUUCGGGGAUUCCGGAACGCAGCAGCUCGAGGAGACGGGUACAGGAGUGGGACGAUGGAUACAAGGAAUACGCGGUAUCCCCACAGAUGAGCAGAGUUGGUACUGGUAGGAGUGGCCGACAAGGCAGGUGA